CCAUCUAAACAAGCACACGGCACACACAGUCUGACACACCACACACAUGGAAACACACUGAUGGCCCCGCAGCGGCGAGCACUGCCUGGCACAGGGAUGGGGUUGGCAGCACAGGCGGCCACGGGAGGCAGGCGUGUGGGCAGGGGGAAGGAUGCUCGCCACCAAAAAGAGCUCUCAGCCAGCCACAUGCAAACCUGGAGGACGGUGAGCACCUGCAGGCUCCAGCCCCUUGGGCUGGAAUCAGCAAGCUGAGGGAUCCGGUGCAGAGGGUGGUGUGAAGUCUCGCCCUGUGUGAGCUGCCUGUCUGGCACAGCCGCUCUGUGCUGGCUGCUUGAGCAAUGAGGCAUUGCUGUGCAGACAUACAGCCCUUGCCGUCACCUCAGGAAGGUCUCCCAUCCUUUUUCUCCUGUUUCUUUGCUCUGGCAGUUGACUUCUGGGGAAACUGGCGCACUUGCAGCGCUCCCAAGGCCACAUGGGGAUGGCCCUGGGUGGCAGUGACAGCUUGCUGACCUGAAACACCGCGUGUGUCGUGCCCGGGACUCUCCGCCUUUGCCCACCAACCGACAAGCUUUUAAAGAGACAGUGGGAAGCUCAACAAGCCAGGGCAGCUCUUCUCUGGGGGACUGUCCUGGUGCCCUGCGCAGCCCUGGUCCCAAGGAGGAAGAUGGAGCUGUAUCACAUGGAGGGAGACUGCAAGGGCAGAGCUGCAUCAUCUGCCCGGUGCAGGGCAGCACGGCUGCUGGGGCCCUGAACACCCACAGCACGCUGCACCCCACACAGGUCUGGGGGCUCAGCCUCCCAAGGGCAGCACUCGCUGCUUGGGCAGCUUUGCAAAGACCUGGGGUAGGCAAGGGCUGGACGAAGCCCGUACCCCACUGCAGCACCCACCAGCCGUCCUGCAGGCUCGCCCAGCUGCUAAAGGCACUUCCAACAGGGUGCAGAGCAGGGCGCGGGGGUUCCCUCCAGAGAGCUUCGCAGCCACAGCGUGGGACCCGGGAGCAGAGGCUGGCACAGGGCAAGUCAUCAUCUGCAGCAGGCGCUGGGCUGCCUGCUCGUAGUAGAGACCCGAGCUAUCGGGAGCAGUCAGCAGUGGAAUUCCUCCUCUAUGCUCCCCCCGGCCCGCCUGGUGAACACCCCCCACCGCCAAGGGAAGGCUUUGGUCCUGAGCAUCAUCAGGCCGGUGGAACCAGCUCCUGCUCUGCUGAUCAUGGUCAACAAGACCUUUAAUUACUGGGGCCCAGGUUUUGAGGAGGACGUUAUCAACAUCAACGUGGGGGGUCUGAGAAGGCGGCUCAGCUCCAGCGCCCUCUCCAAGUUCCCCGACACCCGGCUGGGACGCCUGCUCUUCUGCGACUCGGAGGAGUCCAUCCUCCAGCUCUGCGAUGACUACGACGUGAGCGCCAGGGAGUUCUACUUUGACCGAAACCCCGGCUUCUUCCUCUACGUGCUCCACUUCUACCAGACGGGGAAGCUGCACGUAAUGGAGGAGCUGUGCGUCUUCUCCUUCUGCCAGGAGAUCGAGUAUUGGGGCAUCAAUGAGUUCUUCCUGGACUCCUGCUGCAGCUACCGCUACCACGAGCGCAAACUGGAGAGCCGGCACCACAACUGGGAUGAGGAGAGCGAGGUCAGCAGCGUGGACACAUCCCCUGAUGAGAUCUCCGACAUCAACCACGACCUGCUGCACUACAGCACGCUGCGCUGCGGCAACGUGCGCAAACGCCUCUGGCUCACCAUGGAGAACCCCGGCUACUCCAUCCCCAGCAAACUCUUCAGCUUUGUGUCCAUCAGCGUGGUGCUGGUUUCCAUAGCCACCAUGUGCAUCCACAGCAUGCCCGAGUACCAAGAGGUAGAUGAGAAUGGCAACGUGCUCGACGAACCUGUCCUGCACAAGCUGGAGUAUUUCUGCAUCUCCUGGUUCACCUUUGAAGUGUCUUCCCGCCUGCUGCUCUCUCCCAACCCCAGGAAGUUCUUCAAGCACCCGCUGAACCUGAUUGACAUUGUCUCGGUGUUGCCCUUCUACUUCACCCUCUUGGUGGACGUGACCAUGGGCAGUGACUCUGAGCUGGGCAACCUGGGCAAGGUCGUGCAGGUGUUUCGGCUCAUGAGGAUAUUCCGGGUGCUGAAGCUGGCUCGGCACUCCACUGGACUGAGGUCGCUGGGGGCCACCUUGAAGCACAGCUACCGCGAGGUGGGGAUCCUGCUGCUCUACCUGGCUGUGGGGGUCUCUGUCUUCUCUGGCGUGGCCUACACCGCUGAGAAGGAGGAAGACGUCGGCUUCGACACCAUCCCGGCAUGCUGGUGGUGGGGCACAGUCAGCAUGACCACCGUGGGCUAUGGUGAUGUGGUGCCCGUCACCGUGGCGGGCAAGCUGGCCGCCUCGGGCUGCAUCCUGGGAGGCAUCCUGGUGGUGGCGCUGCCCAUCACCAUCAUCUUCAAUAAAUUCUCCCACUUCUACCGCAAGCAGAAGGCGCUGGAGGCGGCCGUGAGGAACAGCGGGAAGAAGGACCCUGAGGACGUGGAAAGCAUCUCCAGCCGUGGCGGAGACUCGGAGGCUCUGAGUGAGACCUCUCUGGGCAGGGGCAGCCCCGACCGCCGCGGUCUGACCCCCAGCUCCCACCCCACACCCUGAACCCCCGCGCCGCAGCUCCGGGGCACGCACGGGACCCACUUGCUCACCACAAGCACGGCACGGCUGUUGCACCGGGACACGGCGGAGCAGCCAGGCUCUCCCCAUCUCGCACUGUGCCUGGCAUCCCCCCUGCCCUGCGGAGGACAGGAGGGCUUGGAGGAGGUGCCCAGUGGGUAUCGGCUGCUUCCAGCUACGGGAUACAGCAGCUGGGUCCACCUGGACGUGUCUCAACCCUCACUCAGUGACAGCCCCGCACCCCGAGGCUGUGGCGCUCAUCAUACCCCUGUCAAAAAGAAAUACAGGUGACCCCUGAUCAGGCACUGCCCUGUGAAAGGGGGUUUUUCUCUGCCAGAGGUUUAGUGCUGUUGAGGGUGAGGCAGGCUGGCUGUCCCUGUGGGUCCUGUGCCAGAUCGGCAUCAACUCCUGCCCCAGCCUUGUCCUGCCCCCAGCUGGAAACAGCCUCAAAAGGCUCAGCAGCCCUGCUGGCCAUGGGGGGAAGGGGGUUUGAAAUGAGUCUGUAUGGGAGGAGAGGUGGUGUCCAGCUCAAGGUGAGCCCCACUGCCCCCAGCCCCUGAGGAGGCAUUGACUGCACCUCACCUUCCUUCCAUCACAACUGGGGUUCACCUGCUCCCUUGCGCUGCCAUCGCUGGGAGCCCCAAGGGCUGGGGCUGUGCUGGGAGCGUGACAUGGCCAGGAGCACUGUCUAGGGACACCCGCCAGGGAUGAGCAGGCAAAAGGGACACUGUGCUCUGAGCCAGGAGCAGCCUGAGGAGAUCGAGCUUGGGGAACCGAAGGCCACCCCCGGUGGGGUCUCCCCCACAAGCCCAUCACUCCCUGGGGCUCCCAUGCUGUGGGACAUUUGUUUCAGAGGAGUGGCUGCUCUCUGUGGGUGCUGGCACCCAAACCCCAGGGCAGAGGGGAGGCAGAGACCCUGCCAAGAGCUGCCAGGGAGCAGAUGUGGGGGGACACUCCUGGGCACAGAGAAGCUGCCUCUGCCAUUGCCAUAUGCUCAUGAUUUCCACUGUGGAAGAGCUGACAGGGAGCCCAGGGGCUGCAGCAGCCUGUGAUGGGGUGGAGGUGACCAAAGACAGCCGGGUUCGGCACGUGCCCGGACCCCUUGCCACAGCCCCCAGCCUGGCUUCACUCUGCUGCCUCAUCCCACCCUGCCAUGGGGCCUGGCAGGGGCAGGAGGGGACACAGCGCCCUGGCGUCACCUGUGUCCCCACAGGGAGCCCAGCUCCCUGGGUGCCGUUGCACCCACCUUCCCUCUGCAGUGGGGAGCACCCCUAUGGCCCGGGACAGCUGGGACACGGGGGACCUUGCACAGCUCCUCGUCACCACCACGUCUGAGCACCUCACAGCCGGGCAGGGGGGUCUGACCAAGAGCUGGGAUCCCUUCCCAUCCGGACCCCCCACCUGGCUGAGCACAUUCGGGGCUGCUCCCAGCACAGCAUUAAUUCCCUAUGGAGUUUUUUCCUUGACCCCCAGUUCUCUGUUUGGAAACGGUGCAGCUCCUUUUUGCACAGAGGAAAACACCCAGCAAUGCCUGUGCACCCUGCAGUUACCUAAUCGGCUCAAAAAUGUGUUGAUAGCUGCAGGAGUGCUCCAGACACCUGGGUCGGGGUGUUUGCCACCCGUUGCCCUGGCUGCCUUUGGGCACAGCAGCGGCUGCCGGUGCUGGCUCUGCCCGGACCCAUCUGCUGAUCGCGGGGAAGAAAAGAGAAACCAACGCCAGCGCAGGUCCAGCCUUUCAGAACCCAGGGAACAGCGGUGUGGGAUGGGAGAGUGCUCACACUCCUGGCGUCACCAAGUCUUCCAGUAUCGACGGUUUGUGGUCUCUGCGCUCAUCCUUGCUGCGAGCUGGGACUGCUGGGCUGCCCCGGCUGCCCCACCAGCUCCCGCUGCGCUGUUACUUGAAUAAUGGAAGGAGUUUCCCCUUCUCUCCAUAAAUAUUCCAGUAGCAAAAUGUAUUAAAAUGUGAAGACUAAAUUACAUAUAUUAAUUAAAAAGCAUUAUGCAAAUAAUUAUUAAAAGAGCAUGUAAAUUAAUUUUCUAUCUAUGCAUGGGAUGCAUACUGUAUAUUUUAUUAAAGACCUAAGUGACCCGC